AUGUUGGAGGAGGAGCAUACAGACAGACAGCACCAACUUGCCAUGUUGUGUCAGAAGCUCGACCGAAUUAAAACAAGAUAUCUAAUCGAAGGUAAUAACACCAUUUCAUUCGUUCCAUAGCGAAGACAACAUGCCUCAUAUAGUCCCCUGUAGCUCAGUUGGUAGAGCAUGGCGCUUGCAACGCCAGGGUUGUGGGUUCGUUUCCCACGGUGGGCCAGUAUGAAAAUGUAUGCACUCAUUAACUGUAAGUUGCUCUGGAUAAGAGCGUCUGCUAAAAUCUUAAAUGUAAAUAUUGUACAUAAUGAUAUGCCGAUAUAAGACCACUGAGUUUCAAAUAAAUGGUCACUCACUGUUUCUUUCAUGCAGAUGACACUGAUAAUAUCAACCAGGCCAUUGGCUCAAAUUCCCCUGAAACGUGUCUCGCAUAUCUGAUGGACUUGGAGAAGAAAGGAGACCCUCACUUGGAUCCUAGUCAUCUCACAAAGCUUACAGACUUCUAUACCCGUGUAUUCUCAACUAUGCCACUGGGAAAACACUGCCAAAAUGAGAGCUAUGCCAGAAUGCUGGUCAGAUUUGCAGAGCUGAAUGUGUGAGUGAACCAUUAUCAUACUGUUCCAUGAGAUGGUUGAGCCUUGUUUUGCAACAUGUUCUUCUGUUGACUGUACUUAGCUACAUCAGUUAAAAAUACAAUGUGUGGGGUGUAUUAAUAAUAUUAAAGGGGCAAUCUGGGAUUUGGGAAAACAACAGUGGCACCCUGCCACUUUUUGGUUAACAGCUGAGGGAUAAGGCUAGAGAAAUGUAACCACUCUCAAAUUCAUGGAUGCAAGGACUGACCAUCCAUGAGAUCAAAAUGAUAGUUUUAUCCAUGUUUUGAAGCUAUUCAGUGUUUGUUUACAAUUACAUGGUUUACAAAUAAUGGAAGUAAAAUAAGUUUAGAUGUUGGGUUCUAAUCAAUUACAACAGUUGAACUAAGCUCAUGGGGCAUUUAUACCAGUAAAUUAUGUUCUUCCAAAAAUCAAAGGCACCUCAAUACUACCAAAAAUGGAUGUACCAAUCUCAGAUUGCCCCUUUAACAGACACCUUUUUGGUAUUUAGUUUAGUUCAGUCGAAUUAGUAUUUUUAAUGUCUUUCAGAAUCCAAGACACCAAUGGGGCAGAGGGCAACUUCAAUGUUGCGACUACACACUGCCAGGAUUUUGCUUUUGUCCACAUUGCACACGCUCAGUUUGAACUUUCUCAAGGUAGAGAGAUGCACAACAAUCUUUGGUUCGACUGGCGUAGAUGAUUUAUACUCACAGACGACACAAUUUGGGUUAUUUACUAAACUUUAGCUCCAUGGUUUGUACCAGCUUUUUCAUAUUGAUAAAUACUCAGACACCCGAUACAAUACACACCCAUAGCAACUAUUGAAUCUCUAACAUCUUAUUUAUAUCCUGACAAUGAUGCAUGCAUCAGUCCAAUCUGUGAAGCUCACAUUCAGAAACUAUACUGCUGCAGGAAAGUAUUAUUGGUAUCUAGUCAGUAAAUAUUUUUUUAUAUAUAUUUUUUGGUGCUAUCCCAUCUCAAAAGGCAACACAAAGAAAAGUACUUGGAUACUUCAGAGGGCCAUUGAACUGAAUGCCAAACCCAGCGACCUGCUGGAGGCUGCUAUGCAGAACUUGAUAUUGGGCAAAGCAGAACUUCUUUCCUCUGAGGAUAAGGAAAAUAUUCCAGGUUAGUUUUUAUGUCCAAUUUCCAAUCCCAUUUCAGAUCAGUAUUAACCGGAAGCCCAUCUUGAUUUUUUUACGUCAAAGACAAGAAGUAGUAUAAUACAUGACCAUGUUUCUUCACCCUAGAUUUUUUUUAAUGCAAUCACCACUUUUAUGCUGCUUUAGGGUACUAGUACUGUAUAUUCAUUGUCUUAAUGUGUUGUCAAAACUAUUUUUCUUUCAGUCUCAACUUAUAAUACACAUGGUUCUGCAAAAAAUGGCACAGAAUUUCGCAAAGUCUCCAGAAACUCUGACGGUACAGGCGACUUGCAGCUCUCCAGUAUUUUUUCUUCAGGGUAAAAUACAAUUGUUUAGUUUUUUACAGUGCCAAGUUCUCACACCAAGGUUCUGUCUUUGUUUUGCUUUACAUUCUUCUAUUCUGUCUCGUGAAAAAUGAUUGUUGACACUGUUCUUCUCAUUCUCUUAGAACAACGGAACCACGAGGUGGACCCCUAGAAGACGAGGUUCCAUCUUGGAGGUCUGGGUCUCAACGAAAGAGAGCCGUUGGCAUGGUAAAGUUUGAUUUUUUAUUUUAAAGAUCCUACAUUAGUUUUUAUUAGUAGUAGUUUUAAAUAGUGUUGGGGGGAAAAAAUUGAAACAGUUACAUAUCGCAAUAUUAUUUUGGUCGAUAUGUAUCGAUACUUUGACUCAAAGUAUCAAUUGUUUUUUUUGCUAGGUAGCGUUAGCUAGCGCUAGUUGGCUGUACCUGUGCCAAAACUUGGGUAUUUUUCAUCCUAUAGCUUGUUCUCCAUCUUCUUUUUAAAUAGUGAGUCAACAUGUUGUCAGCACUUUUAUUUCCAUGACUGAUCAAAACUCGUUUUUAUUAUGGCUCUCUCGUCUCUGCAGCAGACAUAUAGUGAGCGAUAUGUUUGGAACAUCAAAUCGCAAUAAAAUCACAGUAUCUAAUUGCAAUACAUAUAGAAUCGUGAGAAUUGCAAUAUAUAUUGUAUCGGUACCUAAGUAUCGUGAGGAUAUCAUAUCGUGAGGUCCCUGGCAAUUCCCAGCCCUAGUUUUACAUAGUUUUUCCAUCACUUCUCUGGUUUUAAAUCAUCUCCUGUUCUUUAUUAUCCUGCCCUCUAGCCAGGGAGAGUGCCUGUAGUCCACCGCUCUAUCCCAGAAAUGGAUGAUGACAGUGAUGGAAGACAAGUGAAGAGGAGGGAGGCUCUCAUCCCAAGUAGCUUGUCCAGGUAAGCAUUUUUUACCUAUGUCAAGGGAACACAUUCAGAACACAGGAUUACAAAGCCUAAACUGAUAAAUGGAACUUUGUUUUAGGCAAACGGCUGGUUCAAGUGCCACGUUUACCUUGUCCUCAGCCAAGAAGCAUGAUGAAGAUGGGGACUUCCUCAAUCUAAAGGUUUGAAUGAAAAUCCCCACAUUUCAGUUGUAAUUAUAGAUUGUGUAAGAAUCUUCUAGCGCCCGGCCCAACUGUUUACAAUUAUAUAAAAUAACAUGGAGAGCAGAGCAUAGUAAAGUGAUAUCUUACAUAAUCCUAUUUUAAAGACUGGAGUUGAUUGGACAGUCAUAUCAUUGUUGAUUUGCUCUCUCAGACACUUAUCAUUAGCCCUGAGCCACGCCCAUGGGAGGACAUGGGAAUGGUGGACUCCACCACUACACUGCUGCACAGGCAAGACAGAAGAGAUGCCACUAGGAUGGAAGGUAGGUACCUUUACAUUGAAGUGAAACUAUUUUUACCUAGUUGUUGACGGUGCAUAAAGCUUGUUUAGUAAAAAGCAUGAGUUAGUGCACACCCACAUAUUCAAGGAGGUGCUGACUAACGGAAUGGUAAACUUGUGAAAAAAUUAAUUCUCACUCAUAUCGAGUUUAUGUUCUCUGCUGUUGGUAGAUACCACUGACAAUAUAAACCAGAUAAUCGGUUCCAACUCCCCUGAGGCUUGCCGGAUGUAUCUGACCAAGCUGGAGAAGAGGGGUAAUCCUCAGACAGACACCAACCUUCUCCUAAAGCUGAAGGACUGCUAUUCCAGAAUCUUCUCAAGACUGCCAUUGGGAAUGUACAGCAAAAACGAGAGCUAUGCCAAGAUGCUGGUCCGAUUUGCUGAACUCAAAGGGUGAGUGUCCUUCAGGAUGUUUUGGAGUAUUAAAAACCCUGCAUAUAUUCAGAUAUGUUUCCAGUGUUCUAGAAUUGGUUUGAUGGCUGUCUAAAAAUGUCCUCUGUAGCAUUGAUGACCCAGAUGAUGCUCGGGACAACUUCAUCGUUGCGAGAUCCAACUGCAAAGGCUUUGCCUUUGUGCACAUAGCACAUGCUCAGUUUGAGGUCACUCAAGGUAUUUUUUUUUUUUUUACAUAAAAUAUUUUGCAUAAUAUAGAGUUUAGAUACUGAACAUUUAUAUUUAGAUACUAAAGAGAUUUUUGUUCAUAUUCUUCCAAAAGGUCAGGUCAAGAAAGGCACCUCAAUACUACAGAAAGCCCUUCAAGUGAACGCAAAGCCCACUGAACUAAUUGAGACGGCAAUGCAGAAGCUAAAAGCCGGGAAUUACCAGUUUCUCUCCGAAGAAGACCAAGAGAGUCUCCCAGGUAGGUUUCAUUUACUUUUAGUCAAUUAUGCUGUACGUCUUGGUCGUGUUCAUUAGGGCAUGGAAUGGAAAAUGUAGUCCCUCCCUGUUUGUCUGUUUUCUUCUGUUUGGUACCUAUUGAACAUGACCCAGUUCAUCCUGACUACAAAGUGAUAACGGCUUCAAGCUUAAAGCUUGCAAACCUGAUGUAAGUUUUAGUUGAAUAGAUUCCUUAUAUGUGUGUUUCUUUUUACAGAGCCACAGUCCCACGGGUCAUUAAGUCUGUCAAACUAUGGUAGAGAGAGGGAGCCGGAGAUUCCCGCCCGUUUACCUCUGAGCCAGACACAGCCCAAACCCUCUAGCAUGGAGCCAUCUUCAGGGUGGAAAAUACCAGCCCGCGUCAGCCGAGUCGUGUCUCCAGAGGUUUGGCUUGCUGUUUUAUUUUUGGGAUUACUACUGUGUUAUGAACAUGAAAAGUGCUUGCAUCAAACUCCAAUUUAGUUUGUUAGUUCUUAUGGCUGCGUUAUAACCACAUUUCUGUGGUUAACACUUGUGUUUUUGUUGUUUUUCUUUUGGAUUCUUCAAUUUUAACCUCUGGGUUUAACUGUGUGUGUGGUCGUCAUCAGGAGAAGCACGCCCCUCCUGAUUUCAGGCCCACUCCACGUCUGGUGGACUCUCUGCCCACCCCAUCCCUCCCUCUCCCGUCCAGACUCAAUCCACCCGUCGCCUGCCAGACGCCCAACUACAAAGACCCCUGUGCCAACAGGUGAGCGGGCUGGAGUGGACAUGUAUCUGACAUAAAAGCUCUUGUACAAUGAUCCUAAUCAUUAUCUAAUGAUUCUAUUUCAGCUCUUGAGAUAUUAGGAAAUGGUAUUGUCAGUGUUGGGGAAGCUACUCUGAAAAUAUGGUUUAUCAAGCUACCAAUUACUUCGCACUGGAAGAAGUUGAGCUACAGUAAAGCUACCCUCAAGAAAAAUAUACACUGCUCAAAAAAAUAAAGGGAACACUAAAAGAACACAUCCUAGAUCUGAAUGAAUGAAAUAAUCUUAUUAAAUACUUUUUUCUUUACAUAGUUGAAUGUGCUGACAACAAAACCACACAAAAAUUAUCAAUGGAAAUCAAAUUUAUCAACCCAUGGCGGUCUGGAUUUGGAGUCACCCUCAAAAUUAAAGUGGAAAACCACACUACAGGCUGAUCCAACUUUGAUGUAAUGUCCUUAAAACAAGUCAAAAUGAGGCUCAGUAGUGUGUGUGGCCUCCACGUGCCUGUAUGACCUCCCUACAACGCCUGGGCAUGCUCCUGAUGAGGUGGUGGAUGGUCUCCUGAGGGAUCUCCUCCCAGACCUGGACUAAAGCAUCCGCCAACUCCUGGACAGUCUGUGGUGCAACGUGGCGUUGGUGGAUGGAGCGAGACAUGAUGUCCCAGAUGUGCUCAAUUGGAUUCAGGUCUGGGGAACGGGCGGGCCAGUCCAUAGCGUCAAUGCCUUCCUCUUGCAGGAACUGCUGACACACUCCAGCCACAUGAGGUCUAGCAUUGUCUUGCAUUAGGAGGAACCCAGGGCCAACCGCACCAGCAUAUGGUCUCACAAGGGGUCUGAGGAUCUCAUCUCGGUACCUAAUGGCAGUCAGGCUACCUCUGGCGAGCACAUGGAGGGCUGUGCGGCCCCCCAAAGAAAUGCCACCCCACACCAUGACUGACCCACCGCCAAACCGGUCAUGCUGGAGGAUGUUGCAGGCAGCAGAACGUUCUCCACGGCGUCUCCAGACUCUGUCACGUCUGUCACGUGCUCAGUGUGAACCUGCUUUCAUCUGUGAAGAGCACAGGGCGCCAGUGGCGAAUUUGCCAAUCUUGGUGUUCUCUGGCAAAUGCCAAACGUCCUGCACGGUGUUGGGCUGUAAGCACAACCCCCACCUGUGGACGUCCGGGCCCUCAUACCACCCUCAUGGAGUCUGUUUCUGACCGUUUGAGCAGACACAUGCACAUUUGUGGCCUGCUGGAGGUCAUUUUGCAGGGCUCUGGCAGUGCUCCACCUGCUCCUCCUUGCACAAAGGCGGAGGUAGCGGUCCUGCUGCUGGGUUGUUGCCCUCCUACGGCCUCCUCCAAGUCUCCUGAUGUACUGGCCUGUCUCCUGGUAGCGCCUCCAUGCUCUGGACACUACGCUGACAGACACAGCAAACCUUCUUGCCACAGCUCGCAUUGAUGUGCCAUCCUGGAUGAGCUGCACUACCUGAGCCACUUGUGUGGGUUGUAGACUCCGUCUCAUGCUACCACUAGAGUGAAAGCACCGCCAGCAUUCAAAAGUGACCAAAACAUCAGCCAGGAAGCAUAGGAACUGAGAAGUGGUCUGUGGUCACCACCUGCAAAACCAGUCCUUUAUUGGGGGUGUCUUGCUAAUUGCCUAUAAUUUCCAACUGUUGUCUAUUCCAUUUGCACAACAGCAUGUGGAAUUUAUUGUCAAUCAGUGUUGCUUCCUAAGUGGACAUUUUGAUUUCACAGAAGUGUGAUUGACUUGGAGUUACAUUGUGUUGUUUAAGUGUUCCCUUAAUUUUUUUGAGCAGUGUAGUUUAACUAAAGUUACUUUGAAAACUACCUCGUGAAAAAUGAUCAUAUUUAAAUCUGAACUGUCAUAAUGCAAAGUUAAGCCUGUCAUUCAUACUGUGACGUGGUGUGAGUAACAGUCACUGCAGAUGGUGUAGUGAGAUUUGUGAGUGCGUUUCGUCUUGGAAUCAAGAGGAAAGUUGGGAAGCAGUGAUGUAAAACAGGACUUUCUUUGACAUUUGAAUUCCCUUCUCUCCUCACAGUUACGUUACCCCUGUGGUCAAGAGGAACCCCCCAUUUGCGGCCCCUCUCUCAGCAGCCCAUAAAGCCGGCCCUGCCCAGCAGCAGCUGUGCACCCCCCUCAGCCGGGUGUCCUAUGCCCAACAGACCCCCCAGGUAAACCACAAACGCCAUCCAUGGGAUUUCCGUGAUCACUUGACCUGAACAGGCAAAACGCCGUCAGGUCAGGAGGAACAAACGCAUGGCCCUAGUUAUGUUCUAUUUGUGAGUUUGCUGUUUAAGUUAUAGGCCUAUGUCAAAUGAAAUGUGAACUUGAUGGUUGAAUGACUCUGCACUUGUCCCUUACUUCAGGGUUCCGUCGCUGCUCUCUCAAACGAGUCCAUCAUGAUAAAGGGCAAACAGUUCCUCGUCCUGAAGAUGAUUGGCCGAGGUGGAUCCAGUAAGGUAGGGUCUAGUUGUCUUGUUCAUUAGGGCACAAUGUAAAAAAAGCUCUCAAAACAUUGUGCAAUGGAAAACAAAAAACAGAGUUUCUUGUUGGACAAUUUAAGAUGGUACCCCCCCACGGGGUGCCAGUAUGAAGAAAAAAAGAAGAAAAAAAUUAUGCAGUCGCUCUGGAUAAGAGUGUCUGCUAAAAAUGAUUAAAUUUAAAAAAUGUUUGAAACAGUAAGAUACCAGGGAACAGGUGGUUUGAUGGACGAUUGGCUGUUUUUUCAGCUGGUUUGAUGGUAGGUUCUCUGUCAUUUCAGGUGUACCAGGUUCUGGACCAACGGAAUCAGCUGUUUGCUGUGAAGUAUGUGAACCUGGAGGAGGCUGAUGCCCAGACAGUGGAGAGCUACAAGAAUGAGAUAGAGCAUCUCAAUCACCUGCAGCAGUACAGUGAUCAGAUCAUCAAGCUGUAUGAUUAGUGAGUGUUCUGUGUUCCCUACUCUGACUUAUUCCGCUAGGGUCUAGCAAUAAAUUAAUUAGAUUUUUUGAUAAAUGCAUACUGUACAUCCAAAACAUAACAAAAACUGGUGGUACUGGUACGUAUAUAGUCACAUGGCCUACAUUAAAAGAAAAUAUGAAUGAUAUGAACAUAUUUUUUUCUUUCUUCUUUUAGUUAUGUAUUUUUAUAUUUUUUACCCCCUCGUCUCAUCGAUCUUGUCUCAACUCCCCAACGGGCUUGGGAUAGGUGAAGGUCGAGUCAUGCGUCCUCCGAAACGUGACCCGCCAAGCUUCGCUGCUUAUUAACACCUGCUCGCUUAACCCGGAAGCCAGCUGCACCAAUGUGUCGGAGGAAACACUGUUCAACUGACGACUGUGGUCAGCUUGCAGGCGCCCGGCCCACCACAAGGAGUGGCUAGAGCGCGAUGAGCCAAGGAAUGCCCCCCGGCCAAACCCUCCCCUAACCCGGACGACGCUGGGCCAAUUAUGUGCCGCCCUAUGGGACUCCCGGUCACGGCCGGCUGUGACACAGCCUGGGAUCGAACCCCAGGCUGUAGUGCCUCCUCAACACUGCGAUGCAGUGCCUUAGACCGCUGCGCCACUCGGGAGGCCCCAACACAACGUAUUUCGAUUGUGGUCCUCUGUUCUAUCCCACUAUACAUGUCAUGUGAUUCCCAGUGAGCAGUGCUUUUUAUCAGUCGAGUUCUCUUUUAUUCCAGUGAAAUAACCAACAGCUACAUCUACAUGCUGAUGGAAUGUGGUAACCUGGACCUCAACACCUGGCUACGGAACCGUAAAACUGUCAACCCGCUGGAGAGGAAGUUCUACUGGAAGAAUAUGCUGGAGGCAGUCCAGACCAUCCACAAACAUGGUUAUUAUCUCUCCAUCUAUCUUGAACUCUGUAUCUCUCUUCAUCAGUCACCCUUGUGUUUUCUAAGUUCCUCAUACCCAACCAUUGCAGUCUCUAUAACAAGUCUUUUUCGUUUUUCUGUUACUUUUUUUGUGUAGGUAUUGUCCAUAGUGACUUGAAGCCAGCCAAUUUUGUGAUUGUGAAUGCCUCGCUGAAAUUGAUCGACUUCGGCAUUGCAAACCGCAUCCAGCCUGAUGUGACAAGCAUUAUGAAAGAUUCUCAGGUAAGAGCACAACCCCCAUCUCCAACUGUAGUUAAUAAUGUAUGUAUACAUAACCAGAAGCUUGCCAAAAUAAGGAUCUUGAUCUUCAAGAAAAAAAUCCUAAACACAGGUGGGGACCUUGAACUACAUGCCUCCCGAAGCCAUCAAAGACACUUCAUCCCAGCCAGGGAAGGCAAACUCUAAGGUGAGCUGAUGUCCCUUCCUUCUUAUCCAAAACAAUGUAUUUUUAAUACAUGCAUAUUCCAUAUGGACUCAUUUAUAUCAAUGUUGGAAGAUUAUGCAUGUGUAAUGAUUUAUAAUAAAUAUUUUUGUUGAUUUGAUUCAUAGAUUAGUACUAAAGGUGAUGUGUGGUCCCUUGGUUGCAUCAUGUACUGCAUGACCUAUGGGAAGACUCCAUUCCAGACCAUCACCAACCAGAUCACCAAGCUACAUGCCAUCAUUGACCCGUCCCAUGAGAUAGAGUUCCCUGACAUUGCAGAGAAGGAUCUGCUAGAUGUGUUGAAGGUGAGUGAUUCCUUUCAUUCUGCUAUGUAUUGGCUUUUUGGUUGAGUUUUGAUUUAGUGUGAAUGAUGUGGAUAAAUGGGAUCUGAUGGUAUAUAUAUUUUUCUACCACCAGAGGUGCUUGGUACGAAACCCAAGAGAGCGGAUUUCCAUUGCGGAGCUGCUGGAACAUUCAUACCUAAAGCUUCAGUCUCAGCAACAGUCACCUGUGCCAGGUACAUAAACGCACACACGCUAUGCAUAUUUACACCUCAUACCUGCCAUAAUACCAAGUGUUUAUUUUUUUUUAAAUAAGAAAAAGAAUUGCAACAACUUUCAUUUUGUCUUCCUCUCUAUCUCCUUUCAGCACCUCCUGACAAUAACGAUCUGAAGAGGAUCCUCAACGAGCUCGCUGCCUUACAGUCCCCCAACAGCAUUGCCAGGGCUGCUAAUGUAAGCGUAACAAUGUGGAAUUUCCAAUAAUGUUCCAGUCUUAUCGUCAUUUGCUUUUAACUGACUGGCAUCUUCUCUGCAAUCGACAGAACUUGGCGAAAAUGUGCAACAGUGGUCGGAAACUGGACGCUGCAGGGUGUGUAAAGUCAUCCAGCCAGCUCAACUGGAAGAUGUGAUCUGGCCAUGUAGAUGCUCCACUGAUGGCCUAAAAAAAAAUAUGGUGUCAGCAGAUGGGACUCCAAUCCUAGCCUAAGUCGAGCUUUACCCAAGAGAUACACUGCCCAUGCCAUGCUUCAGCACAACUAAAAAAAUAUGUCCUGCUUGGCAGUACACUGGCCCUGUUUGAAUACUUUGAAAAUGUAUCCUUACUUCCUUCCCCUCAAAGUAAUCGCUAAUCUGACAUGUCUGGAUUGGUGAAAGCUAUGAAGUGGAACCAUUGCUUUUAUUCUAUCCAAGUAUGUUAGAUCAGAGAGAACACCAAGAAUGGGAGGAAAGAAGGAAGCAUUUGAACCGUUUUUAAGCAGGGCCCAUAUCUGCCCUACAGAGUUCUACCAUCAUCGCCAUGUUGUAUCCUCUCAUGUCCUCAUGACUUCCCCUUGCUCACAUCUUGAAGGAAACGGAUCUACACUUUUUGUCUUUUUUUUU